AUGGCCCCUGAGGCGCCGCAGUUACCGACAAAAUUCCCUUGUUGGUGCAGAGCCGUGUAUUCGUGGGGUGGGGAGACAAAACGCGACCUGGGCUUUGUGGAAGGUGACCUGAUCGAGUGUCUCAAUGCCGGGGAUGGGUCGUGGUGGACAGGCCGGUUGAAGCGCGACAGGAGAAUGGUCGGAGUGUUCCCAUCCAACUUUGUAAAAGUUCUGGACGAGAGCUUUGUUCCUUGUAGCCGUUCUGUCAGUCCCUUGCCGCUGAGCGCACAAGUCACCCCGUCGAACUCACUCACCGGCCCCAAAAAGCGGAAGACGGUAUUUAGAAAGCCAUUCCAGGGAUAUAAGGAAGUCAUCGGACCAUCUGGCACGCUGAGCCGACAGAAUACGCCCGCUGCUGAACCCUCGAUAACGACGCCCGUAUCCCAGAAUCAAACUCCUACGCGCCGUGACCCGGACCGUACGCCAACGAUAAGACGGAAUGCAGCUCCCGCCCGCUCUCCAACGCGGGCACUCUCGCCCGCUCCGCCCCCACCAAUGGCUGAAGCCCCGGACUCUCCGCCACCACCUCCGCCGCCCCCGCACCGGAUUCUACAUAGACGCUCCGUGUCUCCUCAGCCGCCUCGCCAUGAUCAGAUGCCAGGCAGCUAUCCCCCAAGAACUCCCUCUCCCUGCCCACAUUCCCCAAUGCACGGCAAUACGCCGUCGCCUUUAAGGGAUGCCAUAGAAGACGUAAUGUCUUCGCUCCACGAUAUGAGCCUGCAUCGUGGGCCCCCAUCACCAGAACCUCCACGCAGUCACUCGCCGUUUCAUUCCUGGUCCACCGACUCCUUUACUCGACUGCAGGGAAAUGAUGUUGAAGAUAGACGCGGCCGACAGCUAACUUCAGGAAAUGGCGGGCAGAAUGAAUUGCAUAAUGAUGACAUGUCUUACCAGCACGAUACCCUCACUCGUUACCAUGAUGGCCCGCCUCAACUUAGCAACUAUGUCGAAAGAAUGGAAAGUCGAUUGCGACAAUUACAUGCGCAGGAGAACAAGGACCGUGACGAGCUUCAUCUUCCUCCACCCACCCCCCCAAACCACGAUUCUUAUGAGCACGACAGCCUUCGUUCACUGCGUCAGCGCUCGAUACGAAUUCGAAAAUCCAUUGGUGAACUCAAUCAUGCUUACCUGAGUCGCACUUACACUACAAAGUCAAUUGCAACCAAUUCAUCUAGCGGCAUCCAAAGUAUUGCGACAAACAGCACAACUAGUACGGGGCUAACAAGCCAGAGUGUAAUGAGUGGCGCAUCUGCUGGAGGAUUCAGUGCUACAAGUGCCGCAAGCUUUGCACGGCGCUCCAAAGGGUACAGCAUAUUAAAUAAGCCUGAAAGUCCGGUUCACCGUCCUCAAUCCCGGGGAACGUACGGCCACGAGAGAGAAGGCUCGAUGUAUAGUAGGCCACAGACGCCCUUGACUGGAAUAUCUUAUCAUUCAAGCCAUAAUUCCUCCCGUCAAGGAGCUACGUCUGCCUUGGGAUGGUCCGAGUUUCAAAAAGCAGAUUCGCCUGGUGUUUUAGGAGGGCUAGCAACCCCGAAAUCAAAAAAGUCGGGGUUUUUGAAGAAAAUUCUCGAGUCAGCAAAAACCGGGGCGGCUACCGCAAGAAGCAAUAUCGCCGCAGCCCAGGGUUCCCGUCCCUCUUCCCCAACGAAAAGUCUUCUUCAAGGUGGUAUUGCCUCUCUUUCUCCUACUCGAUACGGGAAAGAUGCCUCGAAGGAUAUGGGAAUUGGUGGUCAUGACUGGGUCCAGGUACGAAGAGACGUUAAUCGUGCCACUACUCCCAGUAGGAAUGAGCUUCUUGAAAGAGCAGAGCGUUGUGAGAUGCUGGACUUUGCCGUUAUUGCUCCAAUACAGGAAUUUUACGACAGUGCCGAAGGGGACGAGGGCAUCGAUGGCCUUCCAAUAGCCGACCCAACGAAUUGGAAUACAGUAAAUUUGCAGCUUGUCGAUAAAAGUGCUCGGUUCAUUACCAGCUUGCCACCAAUGAUGAAUCCAACGAGCCUUGCCCAAGGAUACGUUUGCCGACCAUAUCGGAGCGAUGCCCAGCGACUACGUGCCAUUUUUACUUGGGUCAGCGAAAAGAUUGCGUGGGACGAUGAUCUAGAUGGCGAGGUCGAUCUGAGAAGAGUCAUCUUAAUGAAACGAGGGUGCCCCCAGGAGGUUGCCGUCUUAGUGUUUGAAAUGUGUUCCUCAGUUGGUCUUCAUGCCGAGGUGAUUAGGGGGUAUUUAAAGACGCCUGGUGAAGCUGUUGAUUUUGAUUGCCUCUCGAGACCCAACCAUUGGUGGAAUGCAGUCCUAAUCGAUGGAGAAUGGCGAACCAUGGACUGUUCAUUGUCGAGCCCGACACAUCCGCGAAGAUCACUUUACUCUGGUGCAAACCCACAAGCUGCUGACAGUUGGUACUUUUUAACUCGCCCUAUGGAAAUUUGCUAUACACAUGUCCCAAUGGCAGCCGAACAGCAACACAUUUGCCCACCUAUCAAUCCUGACAUUUUGCUUUCCCUGCCAGUUGCGUGCCCAUCAUUUUUCAAAAACGACCUACACAUUCCAAAGUAUGAUACUAGUUUGAUACAUAUCACCGGGCUAGAAACUGUGCAAAUUCGCAUCCACGUUCCACAUGACGUGGAGUGUGUUGCGGAGGUCGAGGCAAUUAGUUUUGCGCACGAUGCAGAUGGUGAUCGUUUUGAGAGUGGAGAUGUGGUUAGGAAGCGAGCUUUGGCCCAGGCUGAUUGGUUCCAUGAGCAGAAGAGAUUCACGAUCAAAGCGGUUUUACCUGGUGACGAGGGACAGGGUGUAUUGAAGGUGUAUGCUGGCAAGAAAGGCCUCAUGCACUCUUCGAAAGACAUUCCUCAUCCAUUGGCUUUCGCUAUUCCGAUACUUCAUACUGGAGACAACCCUCCUUUUGAGUUCGUCCUUCGGCAUCCAACACCUCACGCACAACGCCAUGACCUAUACGUGAUUCAGCCGCAAUGUGCUCGGCUAGCCAUCAAUAAUACUUUCGUCUUUGCGGUUCGCCAGCAUCCAGCGUAUUCAUCAUCAUCGACAUCAAGUUUCAGCGAAGUGAGCGGAAGAUUGUCUCCAAACCCGUUUGCCCGGCCUUCAAGUUCGCUUAGUAUGGUAUCGUCCAUAGCCACCGCCUCAAAUGCGUCGUCCGCCUCCGUAAACAGUAAGAGUAAUGGUUCCCGUGAAAAGCCGGCAAAACUGGCGAUACAAACUCCGUCCGGCAAAAUAUUACGAUUGACGAGAAAAGCAGAUCAUAUGAUAACAAUGAAUACGGCCUCUGAGUGGAUUGAUGAUGGAGUAGCUGAUGGGAGCGUUUGGGAGACGGUUAUUAAAGUUAGUGAGCGAGGCGUUUGGAGAGGACUGGUCCUUGCAGAUCGGAGUGCUAGAUGGUGUGUUUGGGCAGAAUGGGAGUGCAUCUGA